AUGGUUGGGCUUGCUUCGGCUGCAGGCCUUGUUGGCUUCCUCUCCGAGCCAGACUCAGAGCUCAAGGUGUUUGCUUUGCAGACACUAGACUCUCAGAUCGACCUUCUUUGGACGGAAGUGGUUGACUCUAUUCCGCAAAUAGAGGCGCUGUACGAAGAUGAAGACUUCCCCGAACGCGAACUCGCCGCCCUGGUUGCCGCCAAGGUCUACUACCACCUCCAAGAAUACAACGAGAGCAUGGUAUUUGCUUUGGGCGCUGGAAAGCUGUUUAACCUGAACAAUGGUGGCGAAUUUGAGGAGACUAUCAUCGCCAAGUGCGUCGAUACGUUCAUUUCGCUGUCAACCUCCCAACGACCAGCCGCAGGCGAUCAACCCACAAACCUGAACACCGCGUUUCCUACCUCCGUUGAAGGUGCUAGCAGCACCUCCGCCAGCCUCACCUCCCCGAUCACCCCGUUCUCACAGUCGGCUCUGCCAUCAAAGUCGUUGUUGUCUCGGCAGGAAGUUACUGGAGUGGACGGCGCUCAUUCUGGCGCCGAGGAGACCGGCUUGAAGGAUGCCGAAACUCCGCUCGUCCUCAAACGAGGUGUUCAAGGCCAGUUGAAAACCGUCAUUGAAUCUUUGUUCGAGCAAUGUUUCCUUCAGAAACGGUAUCGCCAGGUCAUUGGUAUUGCUAUUGAAGCCAAAAACCUGGAGGUUCUUCGAACAGCCAUCAUGCGUGCUAGCGAGGACGAAAAGCAGCAGAACGGCGAAUCCCGGGCGAGCGAGGAGUUGAUGGAAUACGUGUUGGACAUUUGCAUGGGUGUUGUUCAAGAGCGAGGUUUCCGCAAUGAGAUCCUGAAACUCAUUCUUGACCUGCUCAACGAGAUUCCUUCGCCAGAUUACUUUGCGAUCGCCAAAUGCGUUGUAUACCUCAAUGAACAUUCGAUGGCUUCCGUCAUUCUUCGCCAAUUGGUUGAGAAGGGAGAUGCUCGGUCACUUGCGGUCGCCUACCAGAUCUCUUUUGACCUUUACGACAAUAGCACCCAGGAAUUUCUUCAGAAAGUCCACCAGGAAAUCUCCGAACUCGUUCCGGAGGAGGAGGCCAAGGCUAAAGAAGAAGAGGAGCCGAAAGAGUCCGAUGCGCUGUUGGACAACCAAUCCUCAUCUAUCGGUGCCAACAAUGAUUCGAAGCUGACGCCCGAGGCUCGCACCGCGUUCAAGAAUAUCCUCGAUAUCCUCGACGGUAUCAAGACCAUUCAAUUGAACAUGGAGUUCCUGCACCGGAACAGCAGAGUGGAUAUAGCUAUCUUAAACAAGCUCCGGGAUACUCUGGAAGCUCGCAACUCCAUCUUCCACUCGGCUAUAACGAUUUCGAACGGUUUCAUGUACGCGGGAACGGCACAGGAUAAGUUCUUCCGUGAUAACCUGGAGUGGCUAGGAAAAGCGGUCAACUGGUCCAAAUUCACUGCGACGGCUGCUCUAGGUGUCAUCCACCGUGGCAACUUGAGCCAGGGACAGAGACUUCUGCAGCCCUACCUUCCCAAGGAGAACAGCAUCGAUGGUGUCGGUAACACUGGCUCUCUUUACAGUCAGGGUGGUUCCUUGUACGCACUUGGUUUGAUCUACGCCAACCACGGCGGAAUGGCUGUUGAUUACAUCCGCGAUCAGUUCAAGAAAGCUACGGAGGAGGUGAUUCAACACGGUGGUGCGCUAGGUCUCGGUGUGGCAGGCAUGGCGACCGGGGAUGAGGGUAUCUACGAAGAUCUACGAAAUGUUCUCUACACCGAUUCUGCCCUCAAUGGUGAAGCCGUGGGUCUUGCCAUGGGUCUAGUCAUGCUGGGAACGGGUAACAUGAAGGUGCUCGAGGACAUGAUCCAGUAUGCUCAUGAUACGCAACACGAGAAGAUCGUUCGUGGUCUAGCUAUGGGAAUGGCCCUGAUCAUGUACGGCCGACAGGAGGCCGCUGAUGAGUUGAUCAACGGUCUCCUUGGCGACCCCGAUCCAACUCUUCGCUACGGAGGUAUCAUGACCAUCGCUCUCGCGUACUGCGGGACCAGCAGCAACAAGGCUGUUCGCAAGUUGCUUCACGUUGCUGUUAGCGACGUAAAUGACGACGUCCGACGUGUCGCUGUUCUGAGCUUGGGUUUCAUCCUGUUCAGAAAGCACCAAAGCGUGCCUCGCAUGGUCGAACUGCUGUCUGAGUCCUACAACCCCCACGUUAGAUACGGUGCGGCGAUGGCUCUUGGUAUUUCAUGUGCUGGCACUGGCCUUGAUGAGGCGAUUGAUCUCCUUGAGCCGAUGCUGAAGGACUCCACCGAUUUCGUUCGACAGGGAGCUCUGAUUGCUCUGGCUAUGGUGUUGGUGCAGCAAAAUGAGAGUAUGAACCCUCGGGUCAGCUCACUGCGUAAGACUAUGAUGAAGAUGGUUAGUGACAGGCAUGAGGAUGCCAUGGCCAAGUUCGGCUGUGCAAUUGCUCUUGGUAUCAUCGAUGCCGGCGGCCGUAACUGCACGAUCAGUCUACAGACACAGACAGGAAACCUCAACAUGCCAGGAAUCGUCGGCGCUGCGGUCUUCCUCCAAUACUGGUACUGGUUCCCUCUCACCCAUUUCCUUUCGUUGAGUUUCACACCGACCUCCGUGAUCGGUGUGGACCAGAAGCUCGAGGUGCCUUUCUUCAAGUUCCACAGCAACACGAGACCUAGCCUCUUCGAUUACCCUCCUGAGCAACAAGUCAAGGCUGAGGAGGCUCCGGAGAAGGUCAAGACUGCUGUUCUUUCCACGACUGCUCAGGCUAAACGACGUGCACUGCGACGUGAGAAGCAGCACAGGCGAGAGAGCAUGGAUAUCGACCAAACCCCUACAACUCCCAAGGUGGCAGAUCAGCUGCCCGAGAAGAUGGAUACCGAUGAGGAUAAGGGCGACGAAGAGGUGAAGGAGGGUGAGAAGGAGGCUGUUGAGGGCCAAAAGAAGAAGACUGAGCGUGAAAAGGUUGGGUACGAGCUCGAGAACAUGUCCCGAGUUCUUCUUGCCCAACUCAAAUACCUCACAUUCCCCGACCCGCGGUAUGAGCCUGUAAAGAGGCCUACCGGUGGCGUUGUUGUUGUUUUGGACAAGACGCCUGAAGAGCCUCGAGACGUCAUCGAGCUGAAGGCUAGUAAGGAGACCAAGCAGCCUGCGCCUGCGCCUGCGCCUGCAGCAGAUGCCGUCCCGGCAGACUUACAAUCCCGCCUCGCGGAGUUUGCGGACCCCAGCCGACUCUUCAGCACCCCGCGUCGUCCAGAGAACCCCCUCGGCGCGUCAGGAGCUUCUGCUGCGGCCGGAGUGCUGACAGCUGUGGAUGAAGAUGACGAUGGAGAGGAAGCUCCUGUCCCUGAUGAGUUCGAGUACAUCAGUGAUGGUGAAGGAGAGGAGUAA